AUCAGUCGCGUUUCGAUCGGCAACCUCGUCGCACUGUUCCGCCGUCGCUGCCGCAGCGCACAAUCAUAAUAAUAAUAAUAUUAUCACAACAACAAUAACAACUGUGAUAUCGUCGCCCACGUGACAACGACAAAAACUUACGACAACGAAACGUUACAAUAAUAAUAUACACAUCAAACGUUUUCCUGUCGCCGGAAAAUCGACUGUCGUUUCGUUAUCGGUACAAUCACAAUAUUAUUAUCUAUUGUCAUGGCCCGGUCGUGCAUGAAUGUCGCAGUGCGUCGUGCGACGGUCGCACCGACUUCGCGGCCCUCCGACGCGUCGCAAUAACAACGACGACCGCGACGGCAACAGUUGUUGUACAUAGUUACGAUACUAUACUGCUUUAAACCGACGACAGUGAAAUACCAUCGCCGCCGGACGACGGACAGCCGACGCGACGAGUUUUAUGCGCGCCGCAGCUGGACCACUCGCCGCCGCCACUGCCGCUACAACGCAGACGCAUCGACACCGUCGCCGACGACGCCGUCGUCGCAUCUUCCUCGACCCGAAACCGUUGGCAGCACGCGCGCGCCAUGUACGUGUCGCUGUGCAGGGGAAUCCCAGAGAGUUCGUUCAGGAAACCGCCGAAGCCGCAACCCCAGCAAACACACCGGUUGAAUCUGAGCGGAGGCGGAGGUCCCCCCCGGCGGAAGACGUCUGGUUACGCGCGGCCGCAGUUCGCCGGUCCCAUGGAGUUGGAGACGUUGAUGGAGGAAGGGGCCUCGCCCGGCCCAGGUAGCCGAGAAGGCGACGCGCCGACGGCGGACGACGGCACUCGUGCAUCGCUCUCCAACGGGGACAAAGCUCCGCAUCGCCAUCGACAACAACAACAACAACAACAGCCACAACAAGGACAAGAACAACUCAACUCGGCCGCCGCCAUGAAAUCGAAUUCCGAGCGUCCGCGCAGCUCGCUCAAUCUUUACCUGGCUGCAUGCACGGUGAACAUGGGCGCGCUGGCCGCCGGUUGUGCACUCACCUGGUCGUCGCCGACUCUGGUGAAGCUUGAAAACGGCGACACUGGCAUGAAGAUCACAAGCGACCAAUCCUCCUGGGUGGGCUCGCUGGUGACGCUGGGCGCGGCCAUCGGACCGAUACUCGCCGGAGUCCUGCUGGACCGAUUGGGUCGCAAGUCCACGAUCCUCUUGAGCAUGAUACUGUCGGCCAUCUCAUGGAUCACCAUCGGCGUGGUGCCCGGUAUCAUGUCGCUGUAUGUGGCUCGGGUGUUGGCUGGUAUCGCCGUCGGUAUCAUUUUUACCGCCGUCCCAAUGUACAUCGCAGAAAUAGCAGAGAUGCGUUUGAGAUCGUCGUUGGGCACCCUGAUGCAGUUCUUCUUGGUCGUCGGAUUUUUGCUCGAAUACAUUGUCGGACCGUACACUUCGUACCUGACGUUGGUCAUCGUGUCCCUGGCGACACCCGUCCUAUGUUUCGGCAUGUUCGUGUGGAUGCCGGAUUCGCCACAGUCGCUGUUGAUACGGCCCGGGGGAGAGGAGAAAGCCAUGGAAUCAUUGAGGUGGUUGCGCGGUAACCCACAAGAGACAGCUCUGAUCAAAGAGCUCGAAGAGAUCAAGAAAUCCGUCGACGAGGCGAAGAAACAAAAGUCUGGUUUCGGCGAACUUUUCUCCAACAGAGGUAACAUCAAGGCGGUGAUCAUAUCCUGUGCCAUGGUAGCUUGGCAGCAGCUCAGCGGCAUCAACGUGGUGCUGCUGUACAGCGAGAAAAUUUUCUUGAAGACCGGCGUCGAACUGUCUGCCAGCGUGUCCACAAUAAUCGUCGGGGCGGUGAUGUUGGUCGCUGCCGGUCUGACGCCGACAUUGGCCAAGAUAACUACGAUGAGAAUGCUGCUGUACAUUUCGGCAAUCGGAAUGGCAAUUACUGACGGAACGCUUGGCCUGUUUUUCUACUUACAAGAAUCAGGAAGUGAUGUGAGUGCUAUCGGAUGGUUACCGGUCACAAGUUUGGUGCUUUUCAUUAUCACUUAUUGUCUUGGUUUCGGGCCGCUGCCAUGGGCUAUUAUGGGAGAGAUAUUCCCGACCAAUCUUAAGUCUGUGGCUUCGGCUUUAACGGCCAGUUUCUGUUGGGUUCUGGGCUUCAUAUUGACGAAGUUGUUUAGUACGGUGUCCGAUGCCAUCGGCAUAUAUUCUGUAUUUUGGAUAUUUGCCGUGUGCUGUAUAUUUGCGCUGUUGUUUACGGCGUUUUUGUUGCCACAAACCGAAGGCAAAACACUUCAAGAAAUCCAGGACAUACUGCAAGGCAGAAACAAGUCCUCGAACCACAAAAUGACCAGAGCAUGAUACAUGAUACAAUUUUGUACAAAAGUGACUGAUUAUUUUUCAUUUGAUUAAAACUUCUCUAAAUUGUCUACACUAUAUUUAUAUUUAUGAAAUAUAAUAUUUCAUAAAUAUAAUUAUAUGUGAAAGACAACAGCCAAUAAAUUAAUUAUUGUUAGUCUUAAAACCAGAUAUUAGGUACAUAAUAUAUACAUUAAUACGAUUCAAAAAUCAAUACUGUAAAUUUUGUACUCAAUAUUUUUAUUUUUUUUUUAUUUUAUAUAAUGAAGACUUUAUUUAUACAUUAUUUGUUUAUUAUAAUAAUAUUAUUAAUAUGUAAAAGAAACUUAUCACGUACCACUAUUCCAUCAAACACGAUACACUGUCGUGGUAGGUGCACUUUUAUCAUUAUAGUCUACAAUUGUAUGCGUGAAAUAGGUAUAUUUUAAUAUUUAUAUAUUUUGGCACACUAUUGAAUAACAUUAUAAUAUGUAUACCAAUAAUAUGUAAAUUUAUUAUUUUUUUCAUUUGUUAAAAUCAAAGAGUAAAAAUAUUUUUGUAGCAUUUGUUGAAUAUAAUAAUUUUUUAAGUA